UAUAAGGAUCGAUGCAYACCGCACGGUACCAUAUCCUUCUGGAUCGACAGGACGGAAGACUCGAAGCAUGACCAAAUUACGAAUCGGACCCCUGAUCUUCUCAGCUAUAGCCGCGGUAGCUGCGUUGCAGCCGCUGUCGAAGACGGCGGUGGAUGCCUUCGUCCCCUCCCCGGCACUUAGCCGAAAAGGCACCAAUGGGAUCGCGCCAAGCGGCGCCGGAGGUGCUUAUCGGAUAGGCGGACAAAAUCCCACGAGGUUGCUAUCCACCACCGAGGCGCCUCCGAUGGACUCCAAAACAGGAUCUCGCAAACAAAGCUCGGCGGACGUCGUGAUUUGCGGGGGAGGCCCCGCCGGCUUGCUGACCGCGAUCAUGCUCGCACAGAAGUUUCCGAACCAAUCCAUUCGGUUGUACGACCGGCUUCCCGCCCCUUACUCUCCCACGGACGAGACCGUAUGGAGCGAGGUAGCCAAGUUCUAUCUGAUUGGACUGGGGGGGAGGGGCCAAAUGGCCCUUGGAAAGUUCGGGGUUUGGGAUCCGGUCGAGGCCGUGAGUACCGCCGUGGUGGGACGAAAGGAUUGGGCACCGGGUUCGGAAGAGGGYGUGGAGCGCAUCUUCGAGGGACGCAACAAGCGCAAGUUUACCACCCAGGUCCUCCCCCGGGACAAGUUGGUGGCGGUUUUGCACAAGCACAUUAUCGAGAACUACUCGAACACCAUUGAACUGAACCACGGCUUCGAAGUCGUGCCCGUAUCGCUCGACGAUGGCAACAACGACAASAAACAAGGAGCACUUGUCGACGUCUUCCAGUGCCAGGGUCAAGAGGAAAUCAACGUCGAGUGCCAGGUCGAAGCUACCGAACGAAUUUCCACGAAUCUCUUGAUUGCCGCCGAUGGAACCGCUAGGACCGUUGCCAAUUACAUGGAGGAAGCCGAUCGAAAGGAACGCGAGUCGAGAAAUCCGAUCGUGAAUCUAUUUGCCGGAAAACCCUUUCGCGUAACCCGGUACGAAGACGACAACCGACGGGUCUACAAGACCAUCCCAAUGAAACUUCCGAAAGACUGGAGGCCCGACCUCAACUAUUCGGCRCGUUCCCAGAAAGGCGGCAUGAACAUCGACGCACUACCGGCGAAUCGCGAGGGCAACUACUGCGGAGUCUUACUGCUCAAAGAAGACGAUCCCAUGGCGCAGCCUGACGUGAAACCCGAGACACUCCGUGGGUUUCUCGACGAAAAGCUUCCCCAGUUCUCGGCGUUCCUCGACGAUGAAGUCGUUGCCCAGGUUGCCAAGAAACCGCCGUCAUUCUUGCCCUCCUUCCGAUUCGUUGGACCCAGGUUGAACCAGGGCGACCACACUCUUAUUUUGGGGGAUUGUGCCCAUACUGUCAAGGUACGACAGAAAWUGUUACUUCUUUCUGACGUCUCCAAACGAAUCACUCAUUGUAUGCUCUCAACUAUUGYCGUUUAAUAUCUUCUUUCUUCACAGCCUUAUUUUGGCCUUGGAGCRAAUUCUGCCCUGGAAGACGUCUCUAUCUUCUCCGAUUGCAUCGACGAAUCCGGAAACGACAUGGCAGCGGCUGUUCAUGAGUUUUCUCGCAGACGAGCCAAGAAYUCCGAGACUCUUGUGCGUAUAUCAAGAGAUCUCGACCGGCCCGGUGCCAUCGGUGCCAUCACCUUUAUUAUUCCUAUCAUUCUGGAUUCGAUCUUCAACAAGAUCAACCCGAAGUUGUUUGCGCCAAACAUCAUUUCUAUGCUCCAGAGGGACGAUCUGACCUUCAACCAAGUUGCGAGGCGGAAACGUAUCGACCGGGCGGUCCAGGUAGGCAUCAUAAGUUCKUUUCUGACUGCUGCCGCAUGGACGGCCAAGAAGGGCAUCGGCUUGGUGGCGAAGGCCUUAGGGCGUCGUCCCUCCACCGUAACGGGUGCAGUGGCCGGUCUUUUUGYGGGGGCUCUCUUCUUCAAAAAGGCGCUUGCGAUUUUCAAUCCCGAAAUGGCUCCCGCAGAUGUCUUGGCCAAAAUGAAGACUCCCAUUACCGAAGAAAACGAAACCAUGAGUAAGGAUGGUGCACCUUCCUCAGCGACGGCAUAAAGAGACAGUUGUAUCGAAUAAAUCGACAAAUAGAUCCCCGGCUCUCAUCCCCUGGUAUACGUAGCCAAUUGUUCAUGGGUGUCAUCGUU